UGAUAAUCCCGAACUAAAUUCCGAUUAGGAUAUAUUCGCACUUCCUUCAAAAAUUCGCAGUAUCAUAUUAAAAAUUCAGUGGUGGAGCAACUGAGCAAAAAGAAGACACUGAAUACAUGGUAGACAUCGGCAACGGUCUUAAAACUAUUCAUACCCAGUAGAAAGCUACCGUUCUCAUGAGAUGCAACAAAAGAUGCGUCAAUCUUCUCAGAGUUUUUUCAUAAGAAAGAUUGAUUUGAGUUGUCCGAAUAAAGAACGUACAAAAAUAACAAUGCCCCCGUCCAAAAGAUCUCGACCGGAGAAAACAGUUCCUCGCCCUCUCCAGCAAGCCACUGUUCCUCCCCCACCCCGAACUCAUCGCAAUAUUGAGCCAGUGGUAUUGCCUCCAAGGCGCUCUUCUUCGUACGAGGAUCUCAUGCGUAAAAUUCAACUCAGAAAAUUUGAGAGUCGGGACCGUCGUCUUCAAGAAUUUCUGAACCAUAAAAAGAAGUUGAACGAUAGGAGGAAGAUGGAGAACGAACGCAGAAGGCAGCAAUUCCUAGAAAAUCGGGAGCGGAUUAGGCGUGAAGAGGCACAGAGGUUGCUGGGAAAGGAGCGAGGCCGACGGGAGGAGCGUAAGUUUGAGAGAUUUCGUUCAAACUUAACACCAACAAACAGGCAUAUUCCAUCAAACAGAGGCAGGGAGAGAAGCGGCCAUUUUGGAGGCGACUAUUCUUUAGAUUUUAAAAAUCUUAGCUAUGAUUUGAGAAAGGGCAAGAAGGGCAAACCGCCCCAUUUUUUGCGCUCUCAAAGCACCAUAUCUUUAUAUGGCAAUCAACAGAGUAAGAAGUGUCAGCAAAAUGCUGAUAUGGAAGCGUUGAAAUUUCGACUUCAUAUUCCACUUCAAAAGAUGCAGAAGUCACUUAGACGAGUAAGGCCGGAAAUUCAACCCUUCUACGGAGGAUCGUUUCCACGAGGCAUGUUCGGAAGGAAAGAAUUAAAAAUGAAACCAAGUGGGCUUUCCCACAAGAAGCGCCGUCAGUCGAAACUCGAAAUGCAGCACAUCUUUGAAGCAUCCAGUUUGAACUUGACUCAGCCGAGCUAUGAUGGCCCAACGGCCGUUUCAAUUCUGCGUCAGGUUGAAUUGGAAGCGGAUAGACGACAUGCGAAGAGGAAAGGUGCGUCGUUCAAGCUGUCGUCAAGCAGGUUAUAUGCUCCAUCUAAGCUCCCAGUCAGGCAUAUACGGUCUAAGGGAAGUACACGAAACAAAUGUGAUCACUGUCAAAGGUACGAGUUGGUGAGAGUUUCCUCCUCUGCUCUGGAGGAGGUAUCUUCUAGUCCAACAUAUCACUGUGUACGCGUACCUUCCAAGAAAAAACCGGAAGCUGAAAAGCAAAACUGGAAAACUACUUCACCGAAGCUCCCUACAAAAACUUCAAAAGCCACCGAGGGGGGUGAAAAUCAAAAGUGUAAGUCAGAUGAAAUGGACGCGAAAAUGGCGAAUUUAUCUGUUACAUGUGUUUCGUCGUCCACCACUUUGCUGCCCUCAGCAAAAGACUCGAAAAAUUCUACUAAAUCCGUGUCUUGUUCCAGGAAGACACAAUCUAGUGGGGACAACUCUGACAACAACGAAGAUGGUAAUCCCGUGAUUAAUGUAACUCUAACUCCAGAAGCUUUUCAAUCAAAUUCAAUUGGUAGGACCCCAACCCCAUUGCGUGUGCAUUCAAAUUCACCUGGGACUGAAGAAAAACUAGAAGAAAAUGAUGAGUAUUCGGACACAUUCUUAUGUGAGGAAGCCAGCUUGACGCAGAUAACUAACUACGAAAAUGAGUCCCCUCGAUCCUUGAUUGGUUUCUCUGAUAACAUCCUCGAGGCUGCAGGGACAACUGAUGGUGCAGGUGAGGUUGAUAUUCUGAACGUUGCUGAGAGAGAUUGUCCACCGCAUGAUCCUUCUAUAACCUAUACUACAUGUGACUGCAAUCCUUGUAUUCCCCAAUGUUCGAUUGGUGCAGAUACUUCUCAAAGUAUAGGAUUUACUAUGCCAUAUGGAUAUGUCGCCAGUUUAGGAGAAGAGCGCAAAUUUUCAAUGAUAGGAACCCCCACAUCUUUCGUCAAAAUGAAUGAAAAUCCUAUUCGUCCUGUUCAUACUCCAGGAGUAAUUCCGAUGAACUUUCACGGAGAGGAGUAUAUAGUUAUGUCGCACAGACCAGAGUGUCUAUAUGUUAGCGGGAAUGAUCAGGGUACUUCGGGUAUAUAUGCCGCCACUGUGGGUUCCAGUUGCUACCCGACUUAUUGCCUACCUCAGUGCGGUGGGAUAUCCACUUUGGUUGUAGACCCUGACGAAGAAGUUAUCGUGCUUCCCGAGCUAAGAGGACAUUAUACAGGCUUAGAGGAAUCCUUGGUGACUGAGAUCACUGAGGUCGAGGAGUUCUAUUGCUUCGAGCCAUCAAUAGAGCAAUGCAUGCCGGUCACUGAGAUCAUUGAAAUCACUAGUGACGUAAUCGUGCCUGAAAGCAUGCCUGACCACCGGCAAUGUUUUGUGGAGAAGGUGCUGAUAAAGAAAUCUGACAAUCGUGAGCAAUCUUCGAAGCGAGACACUCCUGAGGAUUGCGCAAAUAUACGUCAAGUGUCCUGUGUUCCAAACAAUGAUUCUAUGAAAUCUCACUGUCCAGACGAAUUAUCUAAUCGAAAAGGAACAUUCGAGUCAACCUCACCGGACCAUGGGAAACUGAAAGAUGUCAAAGAAGGAAAUGAUAGAAGCGACAAAAGAUGUAAAAAGGAUUGUGGUUGCAAGUAUGGGAAACAACCACCAAAGCCUCAGAAAGAGCAUCCUCCAAAACUUCAUUCGAAUCCUCACUCGGAUGAAAGUACAAGUAUAACAGUAGAAACAUAUUUCAUCCUUAAGGGAGAAAGAUCGACUUCUAACCGAGUAGAGGAUUCUGAAAGACUCGAUACUCAAGUGGUCAAAGAAACCGACAUACAAACGGCUCAACAGGACACAGCUCAGGAAGAGCCAGAUCCCACCUCAAGAAUCCCAAACAGCAAUUGGUUACUUCUUCCUCAUUCAGAUCAUUCGGAGAUAGUUUCUUCCGAUCAAAUCCUUGCACCGAUUGGAACAGAAUCCACAGAGGGUAGCAGUAGAUCUCCACGCGAUAUUAAAGAACCAAAAAAAGAUGGCGAAAGUAAAGGAUCCGUGCACUUUGAACGCAAAAAAUGUCACGAGUUUUCUGUGCCGUUCAAGAUAGCUGGGAUUGACCACAUCAAUUUUCGUAUUUGUUGUGGGUGUCUCCAAACGUUCCCCUGUUUCAGAAGGAACAAGGAAACAAAUUCUCCGAGGGAACCCGUUCAAGAAAGGUUUUAUAAUGACCGGAAGGGAAGUUAUGAUAGAAACCUUUUCGUAAAGGUUUUACCCGGCAAAUGUACUGAUAGUAAUUCUCCCAAAAGUGCUGAUUGCGCCGAUCUUGGACAUUCUACUCAUCGAUUUCGGGAUAAGCCGCAAAGGGAAUACCCUCGGAAGAGCCGUGAAAGGAAACGAAACCGUAAGACACAAACAGGAUCAGAACUUUUAAAAAUUCCACCACGAAGUAGAUCUAGAAAAAGUUCAAGGAGCGAACCGUCAGAAUCGGAUUCCAAAGAAGGAUGCAAAUGUUUUAGGUGGAAAUAUAAGGAAAAGGAUAGGCACAAAUCAAGGAAAGGGGGCAACGAUAGUAGUAGAUUACGUAAAAAACCCAGAGAUAAGUCAAAGGCAUACUCCUCUAGGCGAGCCAAAAGUGGUCCAAAACAUAAAAAGAAGUUCGCUUCCGAAUAUUCUGACGACUCCUCCUUUGAUUUUCCCAGACGAAGUUCAAGGGACAAGACCCAAGGAGGCGUCGAUAGUCGUGAACAGGAAAUUGAGGCCGAUAAACCAGAGAAGGUUUUGAUAAAUUCAAAUUGUGGCUUAAAACUCGCGUACGUAAUGAAAGAUAAAAAGGACGUGUUAAAUCUAAUACCGCAAAAUGCAAUAACUACAAUCUUGAAGUGUGCAGCCAAUGAUCCCCAUUGUAGCAAAAGGCGUAAUCGGUUACGGGCGUUCAGAAGAGAUUACAAGUCGGAAUUCAGGAGAAUUCAUGCCCCUCACAUUCGGUCCUAUAGGUUACCUCUCCCCAUCCUAAAACCUGUGAACUACAAAAAUGAAGACUACAUCGAUUGCUCUCAAAGCGAAAAUGGGAUUGAAUCCUUUGCGAGCUACCCAGAUGAUGGUAACUAUACCGUGGUUUCUCAGCAAUUUGAUGAGACCAUCCAAUCAGGAGCUACCUCACAUUCACCAGUAGUCGAAGCAACCCGCCCAAAUAAGAGAACCAUGAUAAGAAAACGAUCUAGAUCUUCCCCAGGCAAGCGUGGCAAGACCCCUAAGCGUCGGCAUAAAGCUACAAAAAGUCAUAAAACUCGCACACAACCCAAGAAAAACAAAAGAAAAGAUCCGGAAGCUGAGUCCUCAUUCUUUCAGACUUUACUUGAAAGGACCGAUUUUAGCCUGCAGUCCCUCUAUCGGAAAGCGUCCACCUAUAGUGACCUAGACACCUGCAAAACUCUACUAGAAAAAAUCAGGCAACGCUUUCCGCACAUAGUCACUUCAACAUCAACUUCAAAGUCCUCAGGAACCUUAGAUAUCCUUUUUCCAGACAGUACAACCCUGGUACAGACAACUUUGGUACGAACCACCGAAAGCCGAAAUAUCCCGGAGGAAGUGAACUCUCCAUCAACAGGAAGUCAUAGAGAAAGGCCAACUAAAGAUUGCUGUUUACAAGGAGAGCUAUCUGAUGAGCAUUCAGGACAUUUAGGAACAGAUUUCUAUUCGCAAAACCUUGAUCCUCGCUAUGACGCUUAUCAUUUUGAAUGCACCCAUUGUGGAAACCAAUUCAUGGACGGCAAUGAAGGUCAUAGUCGGGGGAGACGUUUAACUGCUGGAGGUGGUUCGCUGAUUCCUUCGUCCUUGGUUGCAGUUUUGGAGAAAAUUUAUGAAAAAUUCGGAGGAGAUCAUGUUUGGAACUUUUGUAAUGUGAGAGAGUUAUUUGAAGUUGUCGAAAACAGAGAGAUACGACAACGAGCUGGUGGAUCAACGGUGCCAAUCUACCAAUUCAAUCACGUACAGACUUUGAUACGGAGCUUGGCAGUUUUGAAUCACUUGCGAGAAACAGUUGAUGUCGUUGCUCAUGAGGUGAAAUCGGAAGCUGGACAAAAUUUGAACAUUCAACAUUAUUUGACAUACAAAAUAGGAAACUUAGUGAAGGCGGUGUUAGAAGUAAAUGCUACGACUUUAUGUAAUUUAAUAGAAGAUUGGAUGUCUAUGCGUCAAGGAAUUUAUCCAUUCAAGACUGAGGAUGAAUUUGAAGAUCAAAUCUAUCAAUGUGUCCAAAAACUCAAAACUACUAUUCACUCGAAACCCACCAGCAAGCCCUCAGUGGACUUACCAGAGAGCAUGCACUCAGCUCUAGACGAACUACUGGAAGAUGUUCAAGAGUUCUUACUAUCGAAACUCGAUGAAUUAUGUGAUAGUGUUAAUUUCAAACCAUUAACGCGAUUCCAACAAACCCCCACGAACAACGGAGAAUCUUUGUGGAUCAAAGAAAUUAUAGAAUAUUUUGAAAAUGCGAAUUUAGAUCAAAAGGAUGAAAACGUGCAGCAGCAGCUAGAUGACUGUCCGUUAGAUAUUAUGAUUUUAUCGAAUAAUUUGGCAAGACAUUUACUUGAUGAAUUUCUCAACUAAACAUUGGUUGCGCUACACAGACAGCCAAGUUAAGUGGAAGGAAAUAUUGAAUUUCGAUUUGUGAAUUCAUACAAAAAAAUUACCACCUUGUACUGUUGAUUUUUAUCUGAGGCGUUUGAAUUUUAAAUCACAAAAUAUGGAGAAAAGCACAAAUAAAAUUUUACUAGCUUAA